AUGAAGAUUGCUAUCGCUGGUGCUGGUGAAGUUGGCCUUUGCCUCGCAACAGAAUUUUGCAAGUCAGAGGAUGAAGUCGUGGUUCUCACUGGUACAGUGAAACCGAGCUUCAAAAACCUCAAAGCUGAGAUCCGCCUCACCAAUUACUCCGUCGAUGAUUUGAAGAAGAACCUCGAUGAUUGCGACGCGAUCGUUUCAACCCUCAGCGGCCCUGAUGAGUUCUAUAUUUCCGCACACUCCAAUAUCCUCGAAGCAUGCCGCCAGUCGCGCAGGUGUAAACACUUCAUCCCUUCUGAAUGGAACAUCAACAUUGAGGAUUUCCCGGACCAGCCAAUGUUUAGUGCCGCCACGCAUGAGGUUGUUCGCAAGAAACUACGAUCACAACAUGAUAUCAAGUGGACGAUGAUCUGCCACGGCUGGUUUAUGGAAUACAUUUUGUCUCCGGAGAAGAACCCGCUCCGCGAGAUCGGCCUCGCAUGGGUGAUGAACCAUGGCACUAAGGUUUUCGACAUGUAUGCAGAUGGCUUGCAAAAGGUCACUUUGACAUCUACUGCAGAUACAGCGCGGGCGGUUCUGGCUGUGUUGCGGGACAGCAUCAACACCGCUGCUGAUCUACCGCCAGUUACGCACCUGGCUGGGCAGACUUUGACUUACAGAGACCUUUUCCAGCUGAUUAGGACUCGCGAUCCAGCCUGGAAGUCUAGCCCGGUGACUUUUUCGGAAGUUCUCAAUGCGAUUCAUGAAGGACUCAAGGCGAAUGAUGCCCUUGUAGCCGUCCACCAGAUGAGGAUCAUGGGAUUUACGAAUGCGAAUAAUAACCCCAAGGGAAAGGCAUUGGAAUGGGGUACCGGGGUCCUCGCAGGGUUGCGCGCCACUGGCGUCCAGGAGUUCCUGGACCAAGCCCAAGCCUAA